AUGAUUACUCUUGUUUCAUCUUCAGAGAUCAGCGGAUAGCAGUCUUAAGGAUACACAGGUGACUUCCUGAUCCAAGAAGUCUCGCGAGCCUUGAACACAAAACGCGAACAAGUCUCAAACUCAAUCAACCCGAAGGAUGAAGAGGAGUCUCCAGGUGAGAAAGCCCUGAUCUUUCACACUGUCUGGCCUUGCCAUCAAUUGGGCACUAAGGACCGAAAUCCAAAGUGCUUCAGACAAGGAAUUUAAUAUCUGUCAACAUGGGUUAACGAGGUUUCAGUUGGUUGA